ACUGCCAAUAGGUACCGAGAUGAGAUCCUCAGACCCCUUGUGAGACCAUAUGCUGACACAUGCACAUUUGUGGCCUGCUGGAGGUCAUUUUGCAUGGCGCUGGCAGUGCACCUCCUUGCACAAAGGCGGAGGUAGCGGUCCUGCUGCUGGGUUGUAGCCCUCCUACGGCCUCCUCCACGUCUCCUGAUGUACUGGCCUGUCUCCUGGUAGCGCCUCCAUGCUCUGGACACUACGCUGACAGACACAGCAAACCUUUUUGCCACAGCUCGCAAUGAUGUGCCAUCCUGGAUGAACUGCACUACCUGAGCCACUUGUGUGGGUUGUAGACUCCGUCUCAUGCUACCACUAGAGUGAGAGCACCGCCAGCAUUCAAAAGUGACCAAAACAUCAGCCAGGAAGCAUAGGAACUGAGAAGUGGUCUGUGGUCACCACCUGCAGAAUCACUCCUUUUUUGGGGGUGUCUUGCUAAUUGCCUAUAAUUUCCACCUUUUGUCUAUUCCAUUUGCACAACAGCAUGUGAAAUUUAUUGUCGUGUGUGUGUGUGUUUUCCUGUGUGUGCUGGAGACUCCUGUGACGGGCAGGAUGGGGCUGGGGGAGUGGAUGUACAGCAUCGCCUGAUGGGCAGGAAUUUAAGCUGUGGGAGGAGGCCAAUCUACUUAUUUUACCCCCAAUGCAUCCAAUGUUUAUUUUGGUCCCUUGUAGUCUGUUUAAUUGGUCUGCUCUAGUCUAGUGUACAGUGUAUUUGUUUUUUGUCAAAUAACCACUAUGGAAGCUUUUAACAGAAGUUUUACAUCAUUAGAAGGGUGAAAAGGGACUGUUUAGUUCAGGUAGUGUAGAGCUGACUGGUUGACACUGGUUUACAUGGCCUAUUGCUGAGUUGGCUGGUUAACACUUGUUGCUACUGGCUGAUGUACAUUGAUCAGUCUACUGAGCGUUAACACAGUAAGUGACCUGACGUUCAAAAUAUGCUGCAAUCGCUGGUGGCUGCCUGUCAUGCGAUGCCUCCAGUCCAGCCAGAUAUGCUCCUUAAGAAACAGGUCAUUCCCCAUGGAGGGGUCUUCUAUACAGAGAGAAAAAACUCCUCCAUCCAUCAACAAUACAUAGACCUGACCUCACCGAGCCUCGCUGCCCCGACAAACGUCAAUCCGAUGUGCCCUCAGGCCUUUAAUUAGCUGUCAAUUAGUGCAAAUUAAUCAACUCCUCGCCUAGUUAAGCAAUGCCGGCAGGCAGCUCCCAAACACGCCAUUGUAGAGGAGCCAUGAGAACUGGAGCUUGCAAACUCACUUUGCAUCAGGGGGUCAUCACGCCCUUGGCAGCGCUUUGUGGAAAGAAAAAAAAACAACCUCUUGCAGUGUUUUAGUUUUCCCUUGACUCGGCACAAGAUGUGUUCUGUCAUCAGGACAGGCUCACUGUUUCAACACAGAGCUACAGAGUUAAGAGCCGGGCUUGAUUCAGAACUAUAACAGCUAAAUCACAAAAUGUGUUGGAUUUACCUGCUGGCAAAGUCUGAUUAGAGUUGAAAAAUGCUGCUUCUCAUUCGUUAUAUCUGCACAGUAUAGGGUGAAUGCAGAUGUAUGGCUGUGUGAGCAUCAGUGAUCGUUCAUUUUGAUUGCUUGAACUUGAUAUUUCAUACUAUGCAAUCUGCAGGGGCUGUGCGAAUACAUAGUUAGGUUACUUAUACAGCCCAUCAUCUAGUGACCUUCCUGUGGACUGAAAGUUCUUUACCUAUUCAUUAUAAAUAGAUGUCAAGCUUUUCCCAUCAAAAUGACUGCAGACUGAAGACUCCAUUCAUAUUCAAAGGGGGAGGUUUUUGUUUGCGACAUUAAGAUAUCUGGUGAAAUGGAAAGUGACACAGUUAAACAUCCUCUGGAUUGAUAUCUCGUCUAUGAAGGUCAAGAAGUUUACUUCAGAUGACCUCAGUUUGUCUAACACACUAGAUAGUCAUAUUUGGACUGGCUAUGUAAUAAUGUGCUUUAAGGUUGAAGCACACAUUUGUUUAUUUCUUCUCCAUUUCCUCCUUUCGUCGAGUUGAAAUCUUAACGUAUAUUUGUUUCUCAUUUGAGGGCAAUCUGGUUUACACAACAUGACAACUCUCCCACAGUAAGAUGGAAACAGAGGGAAAGGGGGAACAGAACAGAUAAACACAUUUUUGCAACAGCUGUUUGCCUUUUAAUCUGCAGCCUUCAGAUCUUGUGGUCUUUGAUGAGCAACCAAAUACACGAAUGACUGAACUAAAUCUUCCCUUAAUCUAGAGCCCUAUUAGACUCUCCUCUCCUCUGCAUGUAAAUCAGGGUGGAGUCAUUUUCAUGUGGAGAUGGAUUAUUAAAAGCCAUACUGAGAAAGAGGGUCUCUUGCAACAAUAAACAACAAAGCCGGGAUAGAUUGCAACAGAAGUGGAGUGAGGGCAGGAACACGCGGUGUAAUUGACAGGUCAUCCUGACUCACGGUUCCAUGUGAAUAGAUGGGUUUAUCUCGACUGGCUGAUGCGUCAUUAGCAUAUCCUGAUAACAUUGAUUUCUUCAUUACCCGUAAUGAAAUUUCCACUUAAUAGCCUCCUAAUUAGUUUCAACUGGUGAUCGAGUAAUUGUAGCGGUAAUGUUUUUCUCCUUCUUAAUCAGUGGCUCAAUUUUAACUGUUUGAUGUAGUUUACAAUAUUUAUUUUGUUUUAGUAUCCAUGUCUCAUUCACCCAAUUUGACUAGAUCAGAUAUGGACAUAAUCACACAUUUCAAGAACAAAAUGCAAUUUAGCCUACCAAAAUAACCAUUUUACCAAACGUUUCCUUUUUUGUCACAAAUUGCCAUGCCCUAAUGGCUAUUUACAGUGCCUUCAAAAAUAUUCACACCACUUGACUUUUUCCACAUUUUGUUGUGUUACGGACUGAAUUUAAAAUUGAUUAAAUAGAGAUUUUUUUGUCAUUAGCCAACAUACCCCAUAACCCCAUAAUGUCAAAGUGGAAUUAUGUUUUUAGAAAUUUGUAAAAAUGUAUUAAAAAUGAAAACUGAAAUGUCUUGAGUGAAUAAGUAUUCAACCCCUUUGUUAUGGCAAGCCUAAAUAAAUUGAGGAGUAAAAAGUAGCUUAACAAGUCACAUAAAAGUUGCAUGGACUCACUCUUUGUGCAGUAAUAGUGUUUAACAUGAUUUUUGAAUGACUACCUCAUCUCUGUACCCCACACACAAUUAUCUGUAAGGUCCCUCAGUUGAGCAGUGAAUUUAAGCAUAGUGAAGUUAUUAAUGACGCUUUGGAUGGUGUAUCAAUACACCCAGUCACCACAAAGAAACAGGCGUCCUUCCUAACUCAGUUGCUGGAGAGGAAGGAAACCGCUCAGGGAUUUCACCAUGAGGGCAAUGGUGACUUUAAAACAGUUACAGAGUUUAAUGGCUGUGAUAGGACAAAACUGAGGAUGGAUCAACAACAUUGUAGUUACUCCAAAAUACUAACCUAACUGACAAAGGGAAAAGAAGGCCUGUACAGAAUAAAACACUGAAAAUGGUUGCCUAGCAAUUUUUUUAUUUUGUAUUAUUUACCUAGGCAAGUCAGUUAAUAACAAGUUGUUAUUUACAAUGACGGCCUAGGAACAGUGGGUUAACUGCCUUGUUCAGUGGCAGAACGACAGAUUUUUACCGUGUCAGCUCCGGGAUUCAAUCUAGCAGCCUUUCGGGUACUGGCCCAACUUGAUAUUUCUGUAUUUCGUUUUCGAUACAUUUACAAAACUGUCUAAAAAUAAGUUUUCACUUUGUCAUUAUGGGUUAUUGUGUGUAGAUGGGUGAAAUAAUAUAUAUUUCAUAAAUGUUUUAUUCCGUCUAACACAACAAAAUGUGGCAUAAAUCAAGGGGUAUGAAUACUUUCCGAAGGCACUGUAUCUACAUCGAAAUGGGGUUAUCUUCAAACGUGUAAAUUAUAUAUUGUAUGAACCGCUCUGUAGCCAUGGAUAGGUCGGUUUUAGCCUGACGUAAAUCAGAGAGCCUGUAGGCUAAUGGUAUGAGGUGUCUUGUUUAUACAUGAUAACCCACACCUGGCUCCAACGGGAUUAUGUCUGUAUCAGUAGUCAUGGCUGGACAUCAUCCGUAAAUUUCACAUUCACAGUAACAACAAGUUCCCAUCGAAUCAGUAGGUGUCAUUUUUUGUGGAAUAACUAAGUAGGCAUAAUAAUAGGCCAUUAUUGUGUUUCUGGGGCACCUAACGCGUUUCUUGUCAACUUUAAACCAGGACAUGUAUUCAUCUAUUACCACGUGGCACUUAGAUAAGAUCGGAGUUAGCUUUGUCCCCCUCAGAUAGUUUCAACUCAUUUCCAUAAAUUAUCUGGGUGUAAUUAUCUGUCCAGAUGUCCAAAUUGUCCCACACACAUCUCCAAACGCAUCCAAACCCUAUGCGGAAAACAAUAGUUGUAUGACUUAUUUGACUCAUUAGUAGGCCUAAUCGUAAACCUGCUCACAACAGGGUAAUUUAUUUGUAUUAUUGACAAAAGAAUGCUGCCAUAUACAAGCAUUUAGCUACACCAAGAGCAUUUCGCUUCACCCGCAAUAACAUCUGCUAAAUAUGUGUAUGUGACCAAUAAAAUGUAAUUAUAUUCGAAACUAACUAAGUAGGUCACUUUCUGAAUUGAACCAAAUGAAGUAUACUAUUCGUCUCAAAUGAAACGACUUAUUCUGUGGAAAAGACCUCUGAGAUAUAGGAUAACGAAUGAUAUUGCAAGGAGAAAGGGUGGCUAUCUAAUCGAAUUUAUUGUUGGAACAAUUAUACGAAUAAUGCCAAUUGAAUUGAUAUAAAAUCGAUGUUUUUCAAAUAGCCUAAUUCGAUCAAAUUUAGAUCAAAAUAGUCGAAAUAGAUUUUGACGUUAAAAUAGGCCUGCCUACAUGUUCUCUCCAAAUAUUUAACAUAAACUGCCUUUAUUCAAACAAAGCGAAUUGUGCAUAUAAAAAGCUGCGAGGCCUCCACACAGAGUUAAAUUACGUUGGAUUGCACCGGGGAUUAAAAUGUGAAUUGAAAAAAAAAGCAAUUAGCAAGACAAAUAAAUAAAUGUAUGUAACACAUUAAACAUCCGAUAAAAUUGUGACAUUUUUGAUAAUGGUAAUCAUCUUUAUUAAUUUGAUUGCACUUUAUGAACAUGCGUGCACGCAUCCUUAGCAUGCUCCCCAUGCAUCAGUAACUUGUUGGGUUUAAUAAAACUCGGACCAUCCUUUUCUAAACGAUUGAAAGUGAAACAGUAUGCUAAUGUUGCUUUUGUUUGUAUAGUUAAUUAGACACCAUGUUGUUUAAUAAAUAUCUUCUAAUAUUCUAAGCGUUGGUAGCCCAGAUUGUUUCAUAAUGUUCCAUUUCUCAUGUGAAAUAAAUAUCUCCAUAAUCUGUAAUGUACUGCCGCUGCUGUGAAAUAGCAGUCUGUAGCGAGGCAGAGAUGUGUGUUCGCUUCCAGGUGUCGUUUUGGAGAGGCUUUGAUUUCUGUGUGGUUUCCUCUGUAGCAUCUGGAGAUCAAUUAUCCGUUCAUGUGAGGCAACGGAUGGACAUGGAGAUCAUAGAAGAUAGAAAUAGCACUAGAAUCUGGUCUGAAAUAUAUGCAAUGAAGAGGCUUAUAGCCUAAACACUGACUAACAUGCAUUUUCAUUUUAUGAAAUCGGUAACUUAAUCCAGAUCCCAGGUCGAUUCAACCCCUCAAAUAAUUGUAAUCCUGCAUGAAACGUAUAAUAUCGAGAUCACGUUUAAAUACCAGAAUAAUUGUCAUAUUCUAUAUACAGUAUAAACGGUCACACAUAUAAAUGAAAAACAUAGCAAACGGCAUGUGGCUAUAUAUUUUUCUCAGUACAUUGGAUGGAUAGCAUAGCUUCGUAUUUGCCUACAUUCUUCAACUCAGUCCACCUGUUUCAUCUUCUUUAUCCGCAGUCGUUUUGGGUUAUCCGGACACUCUGGUUUGUGUAGCCUACCUAUAUAGCCUUAUAAUAUAUCAGUUAUUUGGGAAUAAACCGUUUCCAAAGGCGCGUAAUAAUGCCUGAUGCGCAGGAAUCCGGAAAAAUCCCUCGUAGCUGAUUGGCUGCUGGACUCUGACUCUUGUUGGGAUGGACCUGUUGGAUAAAAGGACCCUUUUAGAGAGUCUCGAGUGAUACAUCGUGGCUAGUGCGCUGGGGACCGACCUGUGAGCCGAUACAAAUAGGGAAUAGGCCAACUAUCGAAAUCACCAUGACAGGUAAACAAGGAGCUGCGGUGCUAUCGGAAACGUUGAAUAUAUCCAAAACGUCCUCUAUCGGUGCUAACGGAGGGAAUAGCAGCCUGCACCAACAAUCAAAGAACAGCGCCACGCAUCCUCCCAGAUGCACCGGAUUCGGGAUACAGGAGAUUUUAGGGCUGAAUAAAGAGCCUUCGGCGGCCCCGAGGAGCACCUUGCAGUCGCUACCAUCUGGGGCGCACCUGCUUGCCGCCAGGUCAAUGCUUGGCCCCGCUGGUGUAGGAGUUGGGAUGGGAUUAAUCGGGCCUGGAGGGAUUCCGUCAUUCUACAGGCAACCGGCGUUUUUGGAGGUCCUGCAGGAUGCGCAGAACGUUCACUUACAAACCCACAACAGAACUGUGGGACAUCUGGACCACAGCCAGUCCGCCAGUUCAGACUCAGAAGAUGUGUCAUCAAGUGAACGAAAACUCUCAAAGAACUCAUUAAGCCAGAGCAAGAAACGGAAGAAAAGACGGCACCGGACCAUAUUCACAUCUUACCAGCUCGAGGAGUUGGAGAAGGCCUUUAAUGAAGCUCACUACCCAGAUGUGUAUGCAAGAGAGAUGCUGGCUAUGAAAACAGAGCUUCCUGAGGACAGAAUACAGGUCUGGUUCCAGAACCGCAGGGCCAAAUGGAGGAAGAGGGAGAAGUGCUGGGGUCGCAGCAGUGUGAUGGCAGAGUAUGGGCUGUAUGGCGCCAUGGUCCGCCACUCUAUCCCCCUACCGGAUUCCAUCCUCAAGUCCGCCAAGGAUGGCAUCAUGGACUCCUGUGCCCCAUGGCUGCUUGUUCAAGAUGGCUUUCCAAUCAGCAGACGCUUUUCUAAAUCCGAAUACCCACAAUUCUUUACAGGGAUGCACAAAAAGUCCAUGGAGACCACGGUCGUCCAGCCAAAAGGGAAGUCCGAUGUUCCCCAGCAGCCAGCCAUUCAGAGGGCUGAAGAGUGCGACGUGGAGGAGAAGAGGGCGGAGGGCAAGUCACCCAUCUCCAAAGAGGAACUGAGGGAGAACAGCAUCGCAGCACUCAGGGCAAAAGCACAGGAGCACAGUGCCAAGGUGCUUGGGACUGUUACAUGCGAGAGACCGGAGAGCAAAGUGGAGAGACAGGCGACAGAGGAAAAAUCUAGUGGCCCUUUGAGUCCAGUGGAAGAGCCCAAGAGUCCAUAGACCCUCACUUUGUACAGACUUUGCAGUGCCCCUGACUGUGCUCUAAACAUCUGUAUGGACUCAACUAGAUUGAUCAGUAUUACAGUGUUCUCUGAGAGGUUUUUACAUGUUGAACAUCCUAGAUCUCUAUUAUACUGUUUUAAAAUGACCUGCUUUAUACUGGUCUUCCUAUUGGAAAGAUUAAAUAUCUACAUUUGUAUUUUAUUGACUUAGAAAAACCCCAAUGCACUUUCUGUCUUUCUUACUCACUGACAUUCAUACAAAUAUUGAUGCUUACACAUUGUUGAAAAUGGUUUAAUAUGGGGUUAGCAGUCCAUACAGAUGUAAAUUGCUGACAACCCCUAUAACUAGAAGAUACCCACUUUACACAUUUCUAUCAUUGAAUAUUCUUAAACUACUAAUUCAGUGUGCAAAGUGCAUACUUGUGUUUGUUAUAAUGAACCAAUUAGGACAUUUGUUGAUAUAUAAGUUUGUUGAUAUAUAAGUAGCCAAUCUCUGAAACUAUACUGUACUCUAUAUUGAAUUCACAGCAUCCAUAGUGUUGAUGCUGACUGUGUUUCUUGUCUAGUCGCUCCACUGAAGCGACUAUACAUCUGUGGGAUGAUGAUGUACGAAAGGGAAAACAUUACUCCACUAAUCUGGAACACACAAUAACUAAAACGUUGUCUUACGUUGUUCUUAUGCUGUAUAUAAUGGAGAUAAAGACGGUUUACAAAGGCACUGUUAAAAUAUACUUUCAUGUAGUCUUUAAAUGUUUGUGUUUUUGUUUCACAGUCUGUAUAGUAUGCAAUACAAAGUAUUAAACAAUUUUUUAUGAG